UAUCAGUACAAUUCUUUUCCUUCAUCUUUCAAAUUUCAAUCUAUUUUAGGUUUUGAUGAAGCUAUUUUCUUGAUAGACAGAUGCUCGCUUUAUCUUAAUCUUUGAGUAACAUAAAUAGGGCAUGGCAAUUGCUUAGGAUAGAGGAUAUAAGAAGUGUCGAUGAUGGGUGUGAUGUAGAACUAUGUUUUAUCUUUAAGUGUAGUUUUCGAAGAAAGAGGCAAGUCUUUCAAGACUAAGCAAUCGGUUACGAAGGCCAUGGGAAUUAGAUCGGGGUUGUAAAAACUAUAAUAAUACUUGCCUUACAAUGCACCAUUUCAAGAUAAAUGGUUUCUUGUAGCUCAUGUUGUUCUGUUUCAGCUAAACUUGCCUUGGUUUUACUGGUUAAUCAAAACAUGUGAGAUAUAUUUUUCGUAUUUUUCAUUUGCACUAAUUUGCAGAAAAAAUGAAUAAGGCGAUUAGGCUGCAAUAAUCAGAACUCUAGCAUCGGUUAGACGUUGUUUGAUUUAGACUGUAAGACAAUAUUUAUUGUAAUGGUCGAAUUCCUAUAGUAUCGAUAAUUGCCAAAGACAAAGUUCAGAGCUCUCUUUGAUAGAAAAUGGUAUUAAAUGUUAGCGCACUUGGUAAACAGACCAUUUUUUCUUUUCUUCGGAGAUACAAUUUUUAAAGAUGAUUUAAGAUAAAGUUACUCGUCUUUGUAGCUAAUGUAAUUUAACAGUUAAACUUUGCGCAUUUGGUCAAAGAAGCAAUCACUGUUACAUUUCUGACUGAAGGGAUAUGGAAGUGUCAGCAUUGCAUUUGGACAUACCGAAUGUGUUUUGCUAACAUAGAGCCUCUCCAGAAACAUGAAGACUUUUGCAAUGCAUUGAUGGAUAUAAAAAACUCGAUUCCAUAUGGAUCAGAGAAUGGUACACAUACUAGAGGUUUUAAUGUAUCUGAUCAGAUUGUUGCAAGAAAUUCAGAGUUCUUGGAUGAGUUUGUUACCGUGAAUAGUGUGCAAAACAGAGAAAUUGUAUUUGAAGCAAAGGAGUCUAAUGGACAUGCUGACUUUUCAAUUAAAAAUCAAACUCAAACUUUGAUGAAAACCAGUGUGGAUAAUGGAUCAAGUUCUUAUGUAUUCUCUGCAAAAAAAACAGAGACGAUGACAUUAGAGACUGAAAUCAAAGAAGAGAAUGGUGUUAAGAUUGAUCACAAGAGCAAACUACAAGUAACAGAAUUUGAUGUCGAGAGAGUUUUGGAAGAACAAGAGACCCAUGAUUUGUUUUGUCCCAAUUGCAGUUCUUGUAUUACCAAAAGGGUGAUAUUGCGGAAAAGAAAAAGGAUUGUUCAAGAACCCACAUAUGACUUUGAGCAUCAACCAGAUACAAUAAAUGAUCUAGAUGUUACUGCUGUUUUGAAUGAAAACACUGAUGAAGAUGAUGAAACUAAACGGGAAGUGAUCGGAUGUUUUGAAUGCUUUAGAUUUUUCACUAUUAAAGGAGAUGGCGGUUUCGACAUUUGUGGCAUUUUUCGCAGAAGACUAGAAGGAGAAAUGCCUUUGCUAGAUCGAAGAGAGGCACCUACCACAAAGUGGAGCUGGCCUUCAAUAUUUGGAACCAAUAUCAGCAAACCGAAAGAACCCGUGACAACAGAUGAAAGAUCAUUUGAAGAACAACAGGAGAAUUCAAAUGAAAGUGUAUCAGAGCCUGUUUCAGUUAUAAUAUCGGAAUUUCCAGCACAUGGAGACCAAAUCAUCCCAGGGAAAAAUGUUGGUGGCUUAGACAUUUGUGACAUUUUUCGCAGAAGACCAGAAAGAGAAAUGCCUUUGCUAGAUCGAAGAGAGGCACCUACCACAAAGUGGAGCUGGCCUUCAAUAUUUGGAACCAAUAUAAGCAAACCGAAAGAACCCGUGACAACAGAUGAAAGAUCAUUUGAAGAACAACAGGAGAAUUCAAAUGAAAGUGUAUCAGAGCCUGUUUCAGUUAUAAUAUCUGAAUUUCCAGCACAUGGAGACCGAAUCAUCCCAGGGAAAAAUGUUGAUGGUCUAAAUGGCAACAAAACUUCAGGAUUGCCUGAAGAACAGAAAGAUGAUUCAAGCAAAGACAGGCUCAAUACUCAUUUUAUAGAAAUACGUGGAUCUGGAGUGCAUGGAGAAUUCGAUCCUAAUCUCAACAAUAGUAAAGGAAAAGAAUUGUCUGAAGGACCAAAUGAGAAUUUGGACAAGAACCGGUCAGAUGCUCAUUCAAUACGCAUUCCUGAAUCUGAAGUGCAUGGAGGAAUUUCAGGUGGUCAUUCUAUAGAAUCAGUUGAAGAUGGUAUUGUGACCAACAACCUAUUGCAUUUCCUUCAAUUGAAGAAGAGAAUAAUCAAGUCACAAAAGAAGGAACGAAACGAAUGGGAUAUUCUAAAGAGUAUUGUUUAUGGGGGUUUAAUUGAAUCAAUCACAAGCUUGGGGGUUGUGUCAUCUGCUGCCGGGUCUGAUGCUUCGACAUUAAACAUUGUUGCUCUAGGAUUGGCAAACCUUUUCGGCGGACUUUUUGUGAUUGUUCAUAAUAGACAAGAAACAAGAGGUGAAACGGAAGCAGAACCGACCAGUCGAUACUGGGAACUACUUGGCAGACAGAAAAAUUUCCGGCGACAUGUGAUAGUGGCAGUGAUAUCAUAUCUGAUUUUCGGCUUAUUACCGCCGGUUAUUUACGGGUUUUCUUUUAGGAAGAGUGACAACAGAGAGUACAAACUCAUCGUCAUUGCUGCGGCAUCUCUACUGUGCAUUGCAUUGCUAGCCAUCAGCAAAGCUCAUGUCAGGCUUGAAAAGGAUUACUUCAAAUGUUUAACAUACUACAUUGGACUUGGAGUGACAGCAUCUGGACUAUCUUUUGUUGCUGGAGUUUUAAUUCAUCAGUUUUUGGACAAACUUGGCUUGUUUGAUCCUCAAACUAAUGUUCCUGCACCACCUUCUGAUGGUUUUAUUCUGAAUGGAUCGAAAUCGCCUUUUCGGUUAUCGUAUUGAGUUCAAGCGCCUUCACCGUCUUGUUGUAUGAUGUUUAGGACUAUCAUGGCUUUUUCUCUGAGAUGAUGCAGACUUUGAGUUAGUUAAUGUAUGCUUCUUUUGUAACAGAAUAAGAUACUUGUGAUGUUUGCAGUAAUGUACUUGCUAGUGAAUGAAUAUGAUGUUUGCAGUAUAUUUCAAUGUACUCUUUUAUUAGAAUUAAUAAAAUGAAGU